ACACUUUAAGAACAAGUUUUAACAUCACUGCUGAUGCUGCUAAAUAUUGUAACAAGAUUAUAAGCAAAUCCUAUGACCUUCCUAUAUUACCCCCACCUUCCCAACCAUCAACUACAGGUAGUACCAUUGAACUGAUGGAAGCUAUUUCAGAAUCCAACUCAACAGACCUCCUUAAUGCUAUGGAGGUUUUGAGCCAUGAAGUUCCACAUUCUGAUGAAGAUUCCUUUGAAUUUGUCCCUGAUUUUAAAAUCAGCCAUCAGCUGUUAAACGAACCAUUGCCACAUCACAGCAAAGUGGAAGCGAAAGAGCAAGAUGUUAGGUCUGUGCUUGGGCGAAUCUUACAAGCAUUUCUUCCAAGUAUGUUUAAGAUGUCUGAAGACAGUAGUUUAGAUGAGAACUUAGAAAGAAUGUCAACUGUCAGUGGAAGCUUACCCAGUUUUAAUGCAGAUUAUUAUUAUAAAGAGAUAGCUGAAUCGAGAAGCAGACAGAAAGCGAUAGAAGCUUUAGCUUGUUUAGAUUUUUAUAAUGGUCUAGAAUUCGAGGGUAGUAAGAGAGAAAUUAAACAAAAGGAAUCUGAAAGCACCGUCAUAUCUUACCCUUUACACCUUGCAUCAAAAUCUGUUCAAGCAGAUAUUAAUAAUACCCCGCGCUCAUCAACUUCCACACUCAAAGAGGUAAAUGUAACAUCCAGACUCAGCAAUACAAAAGAACAUGUACAAGUAGGUAGAAAUCAACACUAUCAAGCUCCUUCAGCGGCUGGUUCAAACAUACAAAGAAAUCUCAACAAACAGUCAGGGUCAAGAAGUCAAUCUUCAUCUCGUCCUGGAGUCUUUACCAUCAAAGCAAACUAUCUUCCUACACCCUCAGCUCACGGUUUGUUGAAACAUAGUAGUAAAAAUGGUGAAAAUCCACAUUUCAGUCGUUUUUCAAACUCCAAUGUUAACUUGGGCAGUUCAAGUUCGCAUCAAUAUUCUUACAAUAGACCAGGAACUAGUUUAUCUUUGCAGUUUCCUAUUGGUUCUUCACUUGUGCUGGAAAAUGAAAAGAGAGUGACAACUCAAAAUGCUUCAGUCCAAGACAACAGUCAAUACUGCGUACAAAGCAAUACUCCAACAGAUCCCAGCAAUUCAAGGUCAUCUGAAUCAAGCAAAGAUAAUCUUGACCAACUGUUCGACGAUAUACCGGAACAGCAUUGUCUCAGUAACAGAUCAUCUUUUUAUCUCAGACCAAGAUCUAUACGAAGUCGUUUAAGCAACUUAUCCAAACGAAAGCGUCCACACGUUCUUACACAUCGAGUCUAUCCACCGAAGAAACCAUGGAAAGCAGAAGACGACGAUUCGUUGUCAGAUAUGCUGUCUUUUGCUUCCCAGCAAUCCAAAGUACAAGAACCGACCACGGAAUCCCAUGUAAACAUUGGUAUCCUGAUACGAUCGUUCCUCUGUAUAUUCUGUGCUGUAUAUUCGAUGGCAAUUGUUAUUUACCUGUGCAUGCAAGGUGCCAAUUGUCUAGAUGGAAAUGGACUUGAUCUGGUUGAAAAAUUCUGUAUAGACUUGUGUCUUUUAUUGGUAGUAGUUAUGCCAAUCGUUGGUUGGUUGUCAUUUAUUAUCUCCUUCAUAUGCCUUAAGGGGAAAGAGAUCUUUUCAACUUCAAAACGAAAUAGACUUUAAGACCAUGUUAAAGCCGUAGUCCAAUGUUUUAUGCCAAGUUUAUUUAAUUGUUUGAAAUAAAUAAAUUUAGGCUUAUCGUGUUGUGACUGCCAGAUGUAGCCUAUUUGCGUCGGUGCGGUUCUGCUUAUUUUAAACAGCCAUGGAAUGAUUAGCUCGCAACUUAACGACAAGUUAAAUCGUUUAAACUAUCCGACGGUAAAAUAUGUUACAAAUCUAAUCUCACUACAAUAAGAAACGAAACAUUAGUUUAACAAGAAAUCAAAGAUCGAAUGAGUGAGUACGUAUUAAACUAAUUGGCAUAAUAUCAAUUUACUCUUUUACUACAAAGAUCGACCAAGUUCGAUCAAAAACAAACCAGAAGUAACCAACAAAGCGGGAAAUUGUGUAGGUAAGCUUUGGACAAGUCAUUAACCCAUGCGUUGACUUGUAAACCUACACUAACCUUGUCGUUGCUUGUGCAGUUCAACGAUGAUAAAGUGUUUUGUAAAUAUGGAACGCUUCACGAUUUUGCGUGU